AUGUGUUUCACUAAUUCUCUUUUUGUACUGGUGUUGUAUUUAUAUAAAAAAAAAAAAAAACAAAAUCUAUAUUUCCUUGUCCAGCCUGAAGAUGUCCAGCAGCAGAUUAUCAGAGAAACUUUCCAUCUGGUAUCCAAAAGAGAUGAUAACGUUUGUAAUUUCCUUGAAGGUGGCACGCUGAUAGGUGGUGCAGAUUUCAAACUGAUAUAUCGGCACUAUGCGACUUUAUACUUUGUGUUUUGUGUUGAUUCGUCAGAAAGUGAGCUUGGUAUUUUGGAUCUAAUUCAGGUAUUUGUUGAAACUCUGGACAAGUGUUUUGAAAAUGUCUGUGAGUUAGAUUUAAUUUUUCAUGUUGAUAAGGUCCAUUAUAUUCUUUCUGAGUUAGUCAUGGGUGGAAUGGUACUGGAAACUAACAUGUCUGAAAUUCUCACUAGAAUUGAUGAACAAAACAAGCUGGAAAAAACUGAGGCUGGCAUUGCUGCUGCCCCUGCUCGAGCUGUAUCAGCUGUCAAAGAAAUGAACAUUCCACAGAAAAUUAAGGAUAUCAAACUCCCAGAUUUACCAUCUAUUGGGAAUCUGAAAUUUUAAAACGAGCCAUCGGAAUUAGGAUGGCCUGUAAUUUGAGGCAUAUCCAUACAUUUUUUUGACUGCAGUAUUAGUAAGCUUGAUAAAAUAAUGCAUAACUAAACUUUCCUGAUAGUUUGAAUUACCACUCCGUGUGUGCGUGUGCAUGCGUGCGUGUGUGCAUUGUACUUGUGUGUGUGUUUGUGCAUACAUUUUUCAUUCUCUUCUUUCAUAACAUUUGAAUUAAUUCUUUUCUUUCAAAAGAAAAUAUUCUUGUUAUCAAUUGUUUUACCUAUAAUUUUUCCAAAAGCGAAAAGUAUGAGAUAUUCAAAAAAAAAAAAAAAGGUAAAAGAAAUAUUUUUUGUAUAAAUAAAAUAAAUGUAUUUUAGUUGAAAAAUA